AUUUUCCUCCUCAAAUGACAUGAAUGAAAUGAUUACCAAUAAUUGUUUCCCUCAACAUUUGUUAUUUGUUAUUUGUUUUUUGUUUUUUGUUUUUUGUUUAUCGCCGGCCCUUUAUGGGUCUUCUUACUUGUUGUUGUUAUCGAUCGAGCCAUCCUAAUUCCUAAGUAGUCCUAAAUUCCUAAGUAGCUAGAAUCUAAAAAAAAAACCUUGACAGGCCGGAUGGCCUUGUGGAACCCUUGUUCCCAUCUUCCACUGAUUGGCCUCCUGUGUUUUGUUCUUUUGCACCCAAUUACAACCACCAAUACGGCUUCCGUUGGCAUACGCAUUGGAGUAAUUAGGCGAGGAAGGCCUUCCACCGACGCCCCUAUAUUUCGAGAAGCAGCGUCAUAUGUGAAUUCUAUAGAAUGUGGGUCAAAUGACAUAGAUAAAAUUCACAUUUCCAUGACCCUUGAUGCGAAUUAUUUGCGAGGAACAAUGGCAGCAGUUAUGUCGAUUCUACAACAUUCAACUUGCCCUGAGAACUUUGUUUUCCAUUUUCUCUCUGCAAGGCACGAGCCAGAGAUUUUUACAAGCAUAGCCUCUACAUUUCCAUACCUGAGUUUUAAAAUAUAUAGAUUCGACUCUAGCCGAGUAAGAGGAAAAAUAUCAAAAUCUAUUAGACAAGCAUUAGAUCAACCACUAAAUUAUGCAAGGAUUUAUUUGGCUGACAUUCUACCACGUGAUGUGAAUCGCGUAAUUUAUUUAGAUUCUGAUAUCAUUGUGGUAGAUGAUAUAUCAAAAUUGUGGGGAGUUGAUUUAGGUGAGAAAGUAGUCGCUGCACCGGAAUACUGUCAUGCAAAUUUCACAACCUAUUUCACAGAUGCAUUUUGGACAGAUGCUAUUUUGUCAAACACAUUUCAUGGGAGAAAGCCGUGUUAUUUUAAUACUGGGGUCAUGGUAUUAGAUGUCAAAACAUGGAAAAAACAAGGCUAUACUCAAAAGGUAGAACAAUGGAUGGUGGUACAAAAACUAAAUAGGAUAUAUCAUUUAGGAUCAUUGCCACCUUUCUUGCUUAUAUUUGCUGGAAAUAUCAAAGCUGUUGAUCAUAGAUGGAACCAACAUGGUCUUGGUGGUGACAAUUUUGAAGGGAAAUGUAGGAGUCUUCAUCCAGGACCAAUCAGCUUACUCCACUGGAGUGGUAAAGGUAAACCGUGGUUGAGGCUUGACUCCAGAAAGCCAUGCCCCAUUGAUCAUUUAUGGGCACCAUAUGACCUCUACCGCUCAUCAAGAACAUGGUUAGAAGACAAAUAAUAUCACUUUUUUUUUCUACAUAUCCAUUGUAAUUACACCAUUUCAGUUGGGCACAAAACAUUAAGCAACAAAGUAAAUAUCAAGAAUUCCCAUGUCAUAACAAACAAAUUAGGUAGAAAAUAUUAAAUAUAAUAUAUGUAUAAGGGUAAAUGAGUAUUUGGUGUGUGAACACCCCAAACAAUAUGUGAAUGCAUACCAUAAAUGGAAAUGGUACCACUAAUAUGCAACUUCCAUAACAAAAAUGGUGCAACUGAAAAUAAACAAAGGAUUUAUAUCCCUUUGAUUUUAGGAGAUUUUUUUUAAUAAACCUUUAUAUGAACCUUUUUGCGAGACAUCAACU